AUGUCUUCCGUCUGGGAAGCACCCGCCUCGGGGGACGCCGAGUGGGAAAAGCAGGACAACGAUGGUCCAGAGGAAGCUGAUGGCGAUGAUCAAGGUUGGACUUCCAAUGCUGACGCUUAUGGCUGGCCUUCCACUGCCCAAGAUAACGACAACCAAGAGAAUGUUGACCCUCACUCAUCGGAGCACGGCGCUGAGCGUCCCGCCGCCCCUGGCGAGGAUCAAGACUUCGCCUGCCGCAAUUGCGGCGAGACUGGCCAUUUUGCUCGCCAGUGCCCCAAUGCUGAGGCCCAAAAGUGCUUCAACUGUGGCGAGGAAGGUCAUAACAAGGCGGAAUGUCCAAAUCCCGAGAAGCCCCGGGCUUGCUUCAACUGUGGCGAGGAAGGACACAACAAAGCCGAUUGCCCUAAGCCUCGUGUCUUCAAGGGAGCAUGCCGUAUCUGCUCGCAGGAAGGCCAUCCAGCCUCUGCUUGCCCCGAGAAGCCAGCCGAUAUCUGCAAGAACUGCCGCGGAGAAGGCCACCUCGCCCAUGAAUGCAAGGAAAAUCGCAAAUUUGACUUGGGCCACAUUGCCGACCGGCUUCCGGAGGAGGCCUGGGAAAUGAUGAAGAAAGCGAGUAACGAGAAGGAUAUGGAUGACUUCCGCGAGGUAUUGACUGCAAUUCAAAUCUACACCAAGGCAGUUCCAGAUGCCACCUACGUUGACAUCGAAAAGAAAAUGCGCGAGGAGGGAUUCAAGAUCUUCCUCAUCGCUCUGGAGAAGGAGCGUGAGGAUGUCAUCAGCCUUAUUGACCUCCAGGGUCAACUGGACCGCGAAUUCGUUGUUGGCUACUUCUUCUCCGACAAGCCAAUGCGUGCCAACCUGGAGCAGCGUUGGCCUAGUGAUGCCGAUGACAAUAUUGAACGCUUGGCAAAUGCUGGGCUGCCUUAUGAUCGUCAGAUCAUCAAGUGCCGAAACUGCGGCGAAUUGGGCCACGGCUCCCGUGCUUGCAAGCAGGAGCGGCCGGAGGUUGAAAAACUCGAAAUUAAGUGCACCAACUGCGGUACCCCGGGUCAUCGUGUUCGGGACUGCACCGAGCCCCGGCGCAGCCAGUACGGAUGCCGCAACUGUGGCGCGGAGGGUCACGAGGCUCGUGAUUGCCCUGAGCCGCGAGCUGCAGGUGAUGUUGAGUGCCGUCGCUGCAAUGAAGUCGGCCACUUUGCGAAGGAUUGCCCCAACCAGACUGAGCGUGCCCCUCGUACCUGCCGGAACUGCGGUUCUGAGGACCACAUCGCGCGUGACUGUGACCAGCCUCCCAACCCCGAUCUCAUGGUUUGCCGCAACUGUGAAAAGACUGGGCACGCUGCUCGAGACUGCCCCGAGCCCAAGGACUGGUCGAAGGUCAAGUGCAACCGUUGCGGAGAAAUGGGCCACACUGUGAAGCGCUGCCCCCAGCCUGAAGAGAACGAAUUCGAGGCAUUCGGUGGCGAGGAACCAUCCUACGGACAGGCUGAUUAUGGUCAGGGAGACGAGGUUGAGGACGUGCGCCAGCGCAUGGAGCACAGCGCCUGGUAA